GCAGCCAUUUCCGGUUUCGGGGAGGUGGGUGCGGUGCGGAGCGGGAGUUGGCGCCGCAGCCGCCUCCAGAGCCUGCCCUGCUGCCGGGUGCUGCCGGGACGAUGCGGCCGGAACCCGGAGGCUGCUGCUGCCGCCGCCCGCUGCGGGCGAACGGCUGCGUGAAGAACGGGGAGCUGAGGAACGGGUACGUGAGGAGCAGCACCGCCACCGCCGCGGCUGCCGGCCAGAUUCAUCAUGUUACAGAAAAUGGAGGACUAUAUAAAAGACCGUUUAAUGAAGUUUUUGAAGAAACACCCAUGUUGGUUGCUGUGCUCACAUAUGUGGGGUAUGGCGUACUCACCCUCUUUGGAUAUCUUCGAGAUUUCUUGAGGCACUGGAGAAUUGAAAAGUGUCACCAUGCAACAGAAAGAGAAGAACAAAAGGACUUUGUGUCAUUGUAUCAGGACUUCGAGAACUUCUAUACAAGGAACCUCUACAUGAGGAUAAGAGACAACUGGAACCGACCCAUCUGCAGUGUGCCAGGAGCCAGGGUGGAUAUCAUGGAGAGAAAGUCCCAUGACUACAACUGGUCAUUCAAGUACACAGGGAAUAUAAUUAAAGGUGUUAUAAACAUGGGUUCCUACAACUAUCUUGGAUUUGCAAGGAAUACUGGAUCAUGUCAGGAAGCAGCUGCUGAAGUUCUCAAGGAGUAUGGAGCUGGAGUGUGCAGCACUCGCCAGGAGAUUGGAAACCUGGACAAGCAUGAAGAACUAGAGAAACUGGUAGCGCGGUUUUUGGGUGUGGAAGCUGCUAUGACCUAUGGCAUGGGGUUUGCAACAAAUUCAAUGAACAUCCCUGCUCUUGUUGGCAAAGGUUGCCUGAUUCUGAGUGAUGAAUUGAACCAUGCAUCACUGGUUCUAGGAGCCAGACUGUCAGGAGCAACCAUUCGAAUCUUCAAGCAUAACAAUAUGCAAAGCUUGGAGAAGCUUUUGAAAGAUGCCAUUGUUUAUGGUCAGCCUCGGACAAGAAGGCCCUGGAAGAAAAUCCUAAUCCUUGUGGAAGGCAUAUAUAGCAUGGAAGGGUCUAUUGUUCGCCUUCCUGAAGUGAUUGCUCUCAAGAAAAAGUACAAGGCGUACUUGUAUCUGGAUGAAGCUCACAGCAUUGGGGCCCUUGGCCCUUCAGGGCGAGGUGUGGUGGACUACUUUGGCCUGGAUCCCGAGGAUGUAGAUGUUAUGAUGGGAACAUUCACAAAGAGCUUCGGUGCUGCUGGAGGAUACAUUGGAGGCAAGAAGGAGCUGAUAGACUACCUGCGCACACAUUCUCACAGUGCUGUGUAUGCCACGUCAAUGUCACCACCUGUGAUGGAGCAGAUCAUCACCUCCAUGAAGUGCAUCAUGGGGCAGGAUGGCACCAGCCUUGGCAAAGAAUGUGUACAACAGUUGGCUGAGAACACCAGGUAUUUCAGGAGACGCCUGAAGGAAAUGGGAUUCAUCAUCUAUGGCAAUGAAGACUCCCCGGUGGUGCCUUUGAUGCUCUACAUGCCAGCCAAAAUUGGCGCCUUUGGGCGGGAGAUGCUGAAACGAAACAUUGGUGUGGUUGUGGUGGGAUUUCCUGCUACCCCAAUCAUUGAGUCCAGAGCCAGAUUUUGCCUGUCAGCAGCUCAUACCAAAGAAAUACUUGAUACGGCUUUAAAAGAGAUAGAUGAAGUUGGGGACCUACUGCAGCUGAAGUACUCACGCCGUCGGCUGGUGCCUCUGUUGGACAGGCCCUUCGAUGAGACUACCUAUGAGGAGACAGAAGACUGAGCCUUUUUGGUGCUCCCUAGAGGAGGGAACUCCCUCUCAGGACAGUGUGUGGCCUUUCUGAGCCAGUUCCAGAACCACACUUCAGUGACCACCUCAUGUGAAAGACAUUUCUGAAGCUACUGAAGGUGGCCACCUCCACUCCAAAUGGCAUUUUGUAAAUAGUAAAAAACAAAAACUGCUUCACAUUCUUCCAUUGUUUGCUAAGUCUCACCUUUAUAUAAUAUAUAUAUAUAUAUAAAUAUAAAUGAUUACUUUGUCCAUUAAAAAAUGUUUUAUUUUAUAACUAUUCUAUUUGUGAAAUCACGCUGACCCUUGCCUGUGGCUUACCACACAGGCAUUCCCUACUCCAGCCACUUCCUGGGCUUGGAUCCAUCAAGACUUACCCUGGCCCUGGCUCUCCAUCCUUGAGACUCACUGGCCCUCUCCUUAGGGAGCAAGUGCCUUCUGCUGACUUCCUGUCCUGGUCUCAGAGGUUGCGCCGAGCCCUCCCCCCUCCCCCCCAACCCUUAUUUAACCAGUCAAGUUAAUCAACCAAAGCAUUGUAUCUUUCGUCUUAAAUGUUAACAAUGCCAAGAUGUUUAUUAUGUGACUCCCCCGGCCAAGGACCUCCCUAGACUGCUCUUACUCUUUGUUGUUGUUGUUGUUCUGAUCACCUACUAACUUAUUCAUUAUCGGCUAUUUCUUCUUCCUAUGCUCACAGACUGAAGAUGUGUCCUGAGUUUGGGCUCUUCCCACAGUCUAACCCUAGUGCUUCCCACCUCCUGAGCUAUGGCAGCCUCUGGCUGGUUCUGGGUCCAGAUUAGGAUUUGACUUGGUAAAGGAAAGUGUUGGUCAAUCCUUUGCCCAUGUUCCACUUCACCAUUAGUGGUAUAAGUUUUCCUUGUAGAUGCUGACCCACUUGAACAGUGCUCUUCCAAAUACCAGUUCUUCUACUUUUAAAUGUCCUGAGACGAUUUUAACCCAGCCUCUGGGGCUGGCUUCUCUCGUGCUUCCGUUGUAUAUUUUUUUUCCUUUGAGGAAUUUCUGAUCAAAUACCUCUUUCCUAAACUGGAAUAGCCUCUAUUUGUCUGUCACCACUAUGUCAGGGACUUCAUCCAGAGCUUUGCACUGCUUGACCAAAGAACACAUCUGAAGAACACCAUCUAAAUUACUUUUUUCUUUUGACCAAAGCUUAAUUGAAGAGAACUUUUGGCUUUAGUGUCCUGAAAAUGAAUCUGUCUUUUAGUGGUGAUCUAGUGUUAUAGGGAAGGAUUGAGAAUAGAGUGGAAAGACCUGUAUAAAAGUGUAUUUCGUGUGUUGUUCUUUAAAAGUAUUUUUAUUGGUAAAGAUGCCCCAACCAAAUUCUCCUGUGGACCUCACUAUCAGCUGCAGUGCAUGGACUAGAAGACAGAAGCAAUGUAGUUUGUGAAGUUCUGUUCUCGUGGCCUGGAUCUAAGUCAUCUUUGGUCCUCUUGACAUCUGUUCAACCCUUAAGAUGGUCUAAGUCAUAUGUGCCUUUUUUAAAGAAUAGAAAUGGAGCCAGGCAGUGGUGAUGCACACCUUUAAUCCCAGUACUAGGGAGGCAGAAGCAGGUGGAGCUCUGUGAGCUUGAGGACAGCCGGAGCUGCAUAAUGAAACCUGUCUCUAAAGAGAAAAAAAGAAAAUGAUAAAUAAAAUAACCACAGAAAGAGACAACUACAUUUAUUUAUUUAAAAAAAAAAAAAAAAAAAAAAAGAUUCCGUAAAACAUCUUGCUCACUUUACCCCUGUAGAAUCCCACUGGAAUACCAAGUUUUGUUACUAUUUAAUGAUGUAGACACAGGACUUACAAAAGUACCUAAGUGAUGAACAUGCCUUCUAGGCUUUCAGCUUACAUAAAGUCACUUCAAACUAAAGUGUUAUUGGUGGGCAUUUUGUAUACAUACAUACAUACAUAUAUAUAUGUAUGUAUGUGUAUAUAUGUAUGUAUGUGUGUGUGUGUAUAUAUAUAUAUAUAUAUACACACACACACACAUCUCUUGAUUGAUGCAAAGUUUAUUUCAGGCUAAAUGUAAUUAAGUUACAAGUUUAUUUUGAAGAGACAAAACUCCUGUGAUCUACUUCCUAGAGGACAAAAUGAUGUAUGCACAUCAUAUGUGACUGGUUACUUGUAACUCUGUAGUAGAAAUCAUGGGCAUACCCAUGUCAUAGAUCAUUAUCCAAAUUUUGGGGCAAUACAAGGGUAUAUUAUUGAGUAUGAGUAGAAGUCUGGAUCUUAAAGAGACUCAAACAUAUAUAUGUCAGCCAUCACCACCAAACCUGACUGCUGAUUGGUCUGCAAGGCACAACUCAUCCUAGCACUUUGCAUUGUGCUUUUUAUUAUCAUUGUCCUUAUUCAUUUCAUGUUUGUUAGACUCACUUCACAGGUCACACCAGGCACCAGAACCUCAUCAAAAUCAUGCACGAGACAUGGCCCAAGGGGCAAGGCAGUGAGCAUCUCCCCUCUAUAGCAUCCUGUCUAAGGCAUCCAGCUCUCUUCAGUCCUUCAUCGUGCUCUUCAACUCUUAUGGUCCAGGCAGGGUUUCAAAAUUGGCUUCUUCCUUGAGUCCUCCGGCCUCACUUCUGUCCCACACCCUCUUGUAGGUCAAAGGGUAGAGCAUCUUCAUAGCGAUCGCCUCUGGUCCUUCACUCGUCCUCUCUCUGUCUUCUUGGUGAUUGGAAUUCUAUGUCCAGAGAAGACAUGCAUGCUAGUGCAGGGUUUGGGGAGCUGUAGUGUAGACAGCCUGCUUCUUGCAUGCACAACCAUGCACUUCAGUGAUUGGCUGGGCAUCCAUGUCUGAGUCUCCAUGACUGUCUGGGUGUAUACUAUAAUUUGCAAAAAAGCAGAUUAACAGCUGAUUUUCCGACUCUUUGGAUAAAGGGAAAAUGAUAUCUCUUACCGAUUAUAUUUCCCAAAUUGGUGAAUCUGCCUAAUUGUAGUAUUUUUUACAAAACCCCCUAGAAAAGAAUACCAACUUGUUCUCCUAUGUAAGUGAUUGCUAUGGGUCAGAUGUGGUGCAUACCUGUAAUCCCAAUACUUAGGGGACAGAAGCAAGAGGAACUUCUAGAAUUCUGGAUUAACCUGGGCUACAGGGUAAGAGUCUCAAAAAAAGAAAAGAAAACAGUGGAUUGCUAGACUGAAUGCCAAGGACACUGUUGUAAGUAAGACAUACCUGGGUGUUCCUGGCACUUUGCUUCAAGUGGGUUAGAUAAAUGGGAAGAAUAGUUCUUUUUCUCUCUGAUUGCCCUGUGCCUGUGAUGACCGGGAGCUAUGGGGUGUUUCUUACAGGUAAAAUAACUUUAGCCUGGGGCUAUGAAAGGAGAGGUUUGUGGACAUCAAGAUUAUGCUUGGCAGUUUAUCAAAGAGUCUAUAGCCCCCACCCCCAGUUCCAGAACCUAUGGAUGAGCUGUACCUGUAAGCUCAGUGCCCAGCAGGCAUCUUAAUCCAUUAAGCCGGUCAAUCAAAAUACCUUCCAUGUGGAGCAAAGCAUGUCCUUCUCCCCUCUGCUUUACCCACAUGAAAUGUGUGCUUGGGCUCCUAGCCAGCUGCUGUAUCCAGCCAGAUAGCCAACUCAGGGCUCAGAGAAAAGCUAGGGCCUGCCAGCAAUCCCUUCCCUCGUCCUGCCUACAAAAUGCUAUUCUUCCUUUUGCAGUUUUCAGUGACUUCUGUUUCCAAGCAGCUUUUUUUUUUGCUGUAUACUGGACUGUUUCUAGGAAGGAAACACAAGGAGCCAACUUAAGCCCUUAAUGAAAAUGACCAUUUUCAUCUUUGCUGAGUCUGAAGGUUGAACAUUCACAGUUCACCCUUAGGAGCAGCUUUGGGGGUAGGGGAGCUGUGGGCAAGAUUUUGUUUACUAUGGUAUGGCCUUAAAUUGUUACUAUUUCUGGUGUAAUGGAUUGUAAUAAACUGACCCUGAAGAAUGCCAAGGCUCUUACCCUGCACUUACUGUUUUUAAUGUAGCGAUACCUAAAGCUCUGGUUUUGGAGCAGUUGUGGGAAGCGGAAUGAAAGGUGCCUGCAAAAGCAGUACCCGGAUGUGCUGCUAAGUGUCUGAGCUCUUCCCUUGUGCAAGUGAACUCCAGCCAACCCAAGGUUUCUUGUGCAAAUCCUGACUGUUUGGUGUUGGCCUUCCAAUUGAGGUGGAGUAGUGACUUACCUUCCCCCUAACGUUGUAUCGCAGGAUUAGUUUGCCCAGUGGUUGGAGUUGAGACCUUCCUUAUUGGGUCUUCCUUCACAGGGCACAGAAGCCUUUCCUGUGAGUUCAGCCUGCAUGCCCUCAGUCUUGAUCCCUCUCUGUACAAAGGCAGCUAACAAUAAGGGAUGGGGGGAAAGAGGAGAGCAGGUGUCUGUGGGAGAGCUGAAUUAGGGUGGUCCUGUUGAGCCACGUUUCCCCACUGGCCUGUAUACUGGAAUGUGCAUGGUGUACUGUGGUCUAACCCUUGCCAUUGCUGCAAUGUUCUUAUCACCUGGGAAUGUGGGAUUCUUUUUUAGUUUUGGUAAUGUCUUACAAAUGUCACCCUUAUGUAGCCUUCUGUCUUCUUGCCAGAUGAUGAUUUUUUAAAAUUUCAUUUUAUAUCGGAUGACUGUGAAGCUAUACAUAGUAGGUUGUGGAGGGUGUCAAUUUUCAGAGUGCAUGUUAAGAAUUAAAGGGGACCUACUUGAGAUGAAUCAUCCCACAAAUAUU